AGACAUGUCAGCCUCCAGUGCACAGCCUCACAGCUCUGUCUGCCCAUAACAUUAAAUUAAAUCUUUUUGUCUCUUCGUGUGUUCCUGAGGAUUUCACAAUGGUGGUGGAUACACAUCCUUUCGACUCAAGCAUCAUCCUGCGAGUCAAAGGGCCGCUGGAGUUUAAAUGCCUCUUUGAUAAAACAGACGCACUUAACAUCCAGAAAGUGAUCUCUAAAACUUUUGAAGCCCUUUGCUGUUCAAUCAAAUCAGAAUCCUGUGUAUUCACCCUGUGUGAUGGGCCUGUUGUCAUUUGGCCCAACAAGGAUGUCCACAUAUCACCAGAAGACAUCACUCCAAAUACUCCAUGUCAGGAGUUGUCUCAGUGGACAAAGAUCAGUGAACAGGAAAGUCUCCACAAAAAAUCAACAAAAAAGAAGACAAAAAAAUGCUCUGGGAAUACAGUGGUAAACCUUCAACUGAUGAUGGAGACAACCAGACCUGGAGCCCCUCACUCUGCUCAGGUGCCUGUGUUUACCCAGACAGUUCAGACAUCACACUUUGGGUCCAUGACUCUACCAAUAGACUGUGCUGUCUGUGUAAGCCUUGGUGAAACAAUACAAAAUGCUUGUCUCCAUCUGGUGGAAGAGCUAUCCAACCAGAUCAAUGAGAUGAAGAGAGUGACUCUGCAGCACUUAAAGGGGACUUCUAUCCUGGUCCCUGAACCACUCCACUUCCUCCUCCCACAUCCACAUGGACUGGUCACUGUUGUUUAUCCUGCAGGAGUACUGGACAGUCAACUACAGACAGCUCGACAGGCUUUGCAUCAAAAGUAUGACUUGCCAAAUGACACACCUUAUUUUAGAAGAGCAAAUGCUUACCACUUUCCAAAUGAGCCCUAUAGAGAUGGAUAUCUCCGAAACCCUCAUCUGUGGCUUACUCAUCCUACCCUUGAAAACGGCAAGGUUUAUUUAGUCCAGGGGCUUUACAGCUACCAUCACUACAUGCAGGAUCGAAUAGAUGACAAUGGCUGGGGCUGUGCUUAUCGCUCCUUGCAAACCAUCUGCUCCUGGUUUCAGCAACAAGGAUAUGUAGACCGAUCUGUGCCCUCUCAUAAAGAAAUUCAGCAGGCUUUGGUAGAUGUUGGGGACAAACAAGCCUCUUUUGUGGGAUCACGCCAGUGGAUUGGAUCAAUAGAGGUUCAGGCUGUACUGAACGAACUGCUAGGAGUAACGUCCAAGAUCUUGUUUGUCAGUCAAGGUUCUGAGUUGGCAAGCAAAGGGAGAGAACUGGCCAGCCACUUCAUAACAGAAGGAACUCCAGUUAUGAUUGGAGGGGGAGUUUUGGCUCACACUAUUCUCGGCGUGGCUUGGAGUGAAACUACUGGAGAAAUCAGAUACCUUAUUCUAGAUCCUCAUUACACUGGAGCUGAAGAUUUGCAACUGAUCACAGAAAAGGGCUGGUGUGGCUGGAAAGGACCAGAGUUUUGGGAUCAAACAGCUUAUUAUAAUCUGUGUCUGCCUCAGAGGCCAAAGGUCAUCUAAGUUCCCACAGUUCCCAGCACGCAGUUGUUAUUGUGACACACGGAAAGCUUUAAACCAAUUUAAUCCAACUAAUUUUAAAUUAAAGUUGGUAUUUUUCUCUAAUGAACAGGCAAAAUAUAUCUAAAAUGCAGUUUAUGAAAGCAUUUGUGUAAUAUUUUAAUAUGAAUCAUGCCCCUGUGAUUACAGCCGACUUUAUUAAACCAGUAUGCAUUUAAAUAAAAAGUUGAUGUACAAAGGC